AUGGACUUCAUCACACGGGCCAAACCAUGGUUUCUUCCUGGUGAGAGCGCUCUUCAAGAAGGGGCUCCCAAAAAGCCCACCAACUUUAAAGGCGGAUCAACUGCUUCCGUAGCACUCAUCUCUACUCCUACCGCAACUCCUUUCUGGGACCCUCAAACUUCUGCGACACUCGUAACCGCACACAUUGGCGACACUCGCAUCCUCCUUUCCUCGACCUCUACAGGGCUUGCCCUUCCGUUAACAACAAACCAUCAUCCCUCAUCACCCACUGAAUCGAGGAGGCUUCGUCGCUAUGCAACUGCUUUUGUCUCGGAUUCUUUCGGUGAGGAACGCUUUGGGACUCUUGCAAACACUAGGUCCUUUGGGGACGUUUCUCAGAAGCGCCUUGGAGUGUCAGCCGAACCUGAGGUUUACCGACGCGAGCUUGAACCUUCCGAAUAUUCAUUCAUAGUCCUCAUGAGUGAUGGGAUUAGUGGAGUCUUGACAGACCAAGAGGUCGUCGACAUCGUGAAGGAAUGCAGAACUCCGGACGAGGGAGCUAAGGAACUGGUUGAGUUUGCCGAAGAAGUUACUACAGAGGCUGAUAACACAACUGCGGUUGUCGUCAGGUUGGGCGGGUGGGAUCAGAGAGCCGAAGGCGGAGAGGGAUUUAUGGGAACGAAGGAUCUGAGAGCAUGGAGAAGGGAUGAAGCACUCGCUGGCUCUCGAGGUAGAAGGAUGUAG